GAAAACCACCACAGGCUGCUUCCUCAUAGAAGAUCAUUGUUUUUGCUGUCCAUGCUGGAAGUUUCACAUCUUCCGGGUUGAAUGCAAUUUGUAGUAGCUGAAAUAUCCCCUUGGCCAAAAUGGAUUUGUAUGGAAAGAUGGCUGCCACUCAGGAUGUGAAAGGGAAGGGAGAAGGAGGAGACCAAAACUUUGACUACAUGUUCAAGCUGCUGAUCAUUGGCAACAGCAGCGUUGGCAAAACAUCUUUCCUUUUUCGCUACGCAGAUGAUGCCUUCACGUCGGCCUUUGUCAGCACAGUCGGCAUCGACUUCAAAGUCAAAACAGUCUACAAGAACGACAAGAGGAUCAAACUGCAGAUAUGGGACACAGCUGGCCAGGAGCGCUACAGGACCAUAACCACAGCUUAUUACAGAGGGGCCAUGGGCUUCAUUCUCAUGUAUGAUAUCACCAACGAGGAGUCCUUCAGCGCUGUGCAAGACUGGUCGACCCAGAUAAAAACCUACUCGUGGGACAAUGCUCAGGUAGUGCUGGCUGGAAAUAAGUGUGAUAUGGAGGAGGAGAGAGUGGUCUCAGUGGAUAGUGGCAGACUGCUGGCAGAACAGCUGGGUUUUGAGUUUUUUGAGACAAGCGCCAAGGACAACAUCAACGUGAAGCAGACCUUUGAACGUCUCGUCGACCUCAUAUGUGACAGAAUGUCCGAAGGUUUGGACAGUGAUCUGGCCGUCACGACUGGAGCCCCAACAGCCAAACUCACAGACAGUGCUCCCCCCCUCCAGCAGCCGGGGUGCAACUGUUAGUGGGCGACAUCCCUCACCAAAUGAGAGCAGUGGAGAUCCUGUAAGAUUGUAGAGCGUACAGUUUUGCUGUCACUUCUGCUAGUGCAACUUUUUCUGGACCACAGUUCAAGCCUUCAUUAGACGUAGACUGAUAAAAUACUGUACUGUCAUUUCAUAACUAUAACAGCUUAUAUCAGCAGUAAAUAACCAGAUAGAUAUAC